AUGGGUGCUCGGCCGCAGGCUGCUGUCUCUGCCACGCCAGGUCACCCCGGCUCUGCUCUCAGUGGAAGGGUCCCCGGCUGCCCCGUGACUUUCAGGCUCUUCAAGUGGAGGCUGGAGGCCGAGCUGGCCCUUGGCUUUAGCCCGCUGACCGUGUGGGCCCUGCGCGCGCUCUGCUGCCCGACGGAUCCUGCGAUGUUUCCCGGGCAGCUGUUUCAAUCCGCCUGUCUGUCCGGCACGUUGCGUGCCCACGAAUGCACUGCCCGUUGCGUGCCCACGAAUGCACUGCCCGGCUCCAGGCAGCUUGCCCUCUUGGCACCCACAGGCCAGCAGAAGGUCCUCGUGCGGGCUGGGCGGGCGGCGGGCAGCUGUCGGGAAAGCGGCAGCCGAGGGGACGGGGCUCCUGCCGGGUGCCGGCACCUGCCGCGAGCAGGCAUACGGGUCACCCCGGCUCUGUUCUCGGUGGAAGUGUCCCCGGCUGGGGGUCCUGGGUUGGGUUCUGCCCUGGCGAGCCGGGAGCGCCCGGGGCGGGGUCUGUGCUGGGGGCGGGGUCUGUGCUGGGGGCGGGGUCCGGCGCGCGGGCAGCUCAUUUCCGCCGGACGCGCUGGCUCCGGGCGGAUGGAGGCGGCGAAGAGGUCGAGGCUGAGAUUGAGCCGCCGGAGGCCACCCUCGGGGGUCCGGUCCCCGAGCAACGCCCCCGGUUCCCCUCCGGACGGCGGCGAGUGUGCGCGGCCGUGGGCUGAGCUGCUGCGCGCCGCGUGUGCGGAGCUGAACGUGGACGGCGAGCCGCCGCCGCUGCCCGCGUUCCCCGGCCAGGAGCCCAGGCGCAGCCCUGAGCGCGCGCCCCCGGAAAGCUUCAUCGUGGGAACCGAGACCUUCUCCUGGACGCCCUUCCCGCCGGCCCCGCGGCGAGGCGGGGACCCAAGCGACUGCGACCGGGUGCUCCGCGAGGCCCUGGGGCGCACGGGGUCCUCCGCCUGGUCCCCCCGACGACACCCCGCGCCCGAGCCCCGCGGGACCUCCAGCGCUGAGGAGCAGCCGUCCGUAGAGGGGUUGCCGACACUGCAGAGCUGCCCCAUGUGCCAGGCCGUCUUCGCCCCCAGGCUGACCCAGCUGGACAUUGAGAGCCACCUGGCCCAGUGCCUGGCGGAGAGCACGGACGAUGUGGUGUGGUGAGCAGCCCGGCCCACGGCUCCCCCUCCACCGGCUGGGCCACCGCCCCUCCGCCCUGCAUCCCCCAAAGCUGUGUAUUAAAGCGCGUCAGCGUGAGGCGUUCACGUCCCGCGUCUGUGUUGAGGCCUUUUUCCUUUUGGGGUGAUGCUGAGCAGCGUGGUGACUGAAGUGGACAGAGCAGCCCAGGCAGGUGACAGACAGUGUCACCAGCAGUUCGGGUGUUUGUACUCAAGUUGGCACAAGAACGGACGCUUUGCUCACCUCCGACUGGCUCACAUUUCACGACCGUGUUUUAACCCCCGGGUGAACCUGCUCCUUCUGCAGCUGUAGGUUACUGCCCGCAAGGAAGGCACUGUCACUGGUGCCUGUCACCACCCGCAGGGGUUCAGAGCAGCUCCCCUCAAGUCGGGAAUUCACGGGGAGGGACAGGCCCGCCUGCCGGCCUCUUGUGUGAGCUGUGUCUCGCUCUCAGUGCCCACGGGAAGCAGGGCCAGGGAGCGGGUGCGGGUAGUUUUCCUUCCGGCGCUGUUGGCCCACAGGUUCUGGAAGAGCCUCGUCUCCAGCACAGCCACAGCGGCUGCAGCACCGGCGGGAGGGAGGGGGUAGGAUGUGGAAGCCUAGGGUUAACCCCCAGAAGUUGGUAUUUUCCUUUCAAAAAGGGCUUCAGACGAGCCAUGAAAAGACACAGAGGAAGCGUCAGUGCACAUUUCUCAGUGAAAGACGCUGAUGUGAAAAGGCUGCACGUUGUGUGGUUCCAACUCUAGGACCUUCUGGGACAGGCAAAAGCCAUGGAGACGGUAAAAAGACCAGUGGUCCCCAGGGGUUGGUGGGGAGAGGGCAGAGAUAGGCAGAGCACAGAGGAGUUUAGGGCAGGAAAAUACUCUGAACUACAAGGGUGGUUAUGCAAUACGUGUAUCGAGCCUGGGUCCAAACCCACAGAAUGUACUGCUCCCGGGUGAUGCAGCAGAGCAGGUUCUUCCCUGGUAGCAAAUGCACCCUCUACGGGGAUGCUGAGAGACGGAGGCGGCAGCGGGGCGGGGGGGCACAUGGAACUCUGUACCUUACCCUCACUCUUGCUGCGAACCUAAAACUGCUCUGAAAAAUAAAAUCUGUUUUUAAAAAAUGGCUUCAGAAGCCUUUGCUCCUGGAGACGCCUACUUGUAAUGAAAACGACAACAGCACGCGCUGUCAUUAACGUCUUUAAUAAUGUGCAAGACAUGAGCGGGUGUGGCCUUGGUGGGCACCCCCUCUGCAGGAGGAAAGCCAUGGCCACGUGCGCCGCCAUUCACUGUACAAACCACAGGGACGCGGUUACCUCUUUACAGUUCUGACGGCCCCAGUUUCCAAGAACCGUAUCAAAAGGACACCGUAUUGUGACUGGAGCCGCUGGAAAAUGUUAAUGAUUUGUUUCCAAACCCCGCCUCAGCACACCCUUCACCUUCAAUUUAUAAAAACAAGUGACUGUGCACAAAAUCUCCCCUCCCCAGGAGCACAGGUCACGCACAUGUCUUGGACAUGAGCAACCGCACUGGUGACCGGGAAGCUGUUUGGCAGCACCGCAACCUUGAUAUAAAUGCCUUAGGUUUGAACAGAUCCGUGGCCCCUGUGCUGUCUGAGCAAAGAUGUCACCAUACCCGAUGCAGCACGCGACCCCUGUUGGGAGGAAGGGGGCUCCUGAGGCCGUCCGUGACCCUGUCCUGGGCAAGCGGGGUCUCCCCCGCCCAGGCGACCUCGCAGCCCUCACGCGUGGCUCCAGGACGACAUCACCGCGGGGCUGCCACACCCCUCAGGCCCAGGCAGCUCUGACUCUGGUCCGUGGUCCCUCAUUUCCGUCUCUGGAGGUGGGUCCUGGUCACAACUGGGGUGCUGGUUGGGACAAGCCUACACGUUCCGUGGACACUGCUCUGCCACCGGGGUCUGGGGCCUGGGGAGGCUGGCGUGUCUGCGGAGGGUCACGGUGAGGCCGCAGCUUCUCUGUUAUCCUUUAAUUACCGUGAUCCGCCCGAGGCCGCAGACACAUGGAGAGAAGCAAGGCCUAGGGGUGUGUGGCGAUGUGGGACAUCCGGGGACUGCUGUCCCCGAGGGCGGGCAAGGCCCCUGCCCCCCCCCCCCCAACACUCUGCCUGUCCCUGAGCCACACCUGACAUGUCAGGGACUUGCAAACCCACGAUCUACCUCGUUCUAGAAAACCUCGGGUUUGGCUUUUCACUUACGAGGGUGGCCGAGUGACACGCGCCCCCUUUGCAGAUUAUGGGAAGUGGGGGUGAGCCGUGCCCAGAGAUGCGUGUGUGAGGGUAUUCCAGAUUUACUGUUUCACUUUAAGGCUUAGGACCCAUCAUACAUAUAUCUUUUAAAAUUUCUAAUUCUGAGCAUCAUUAUUUCUGAUAAAAAUAUUUUCCCAAAAUCUGAUACGUAACACAAGACGUCACAUAGGCACUGCUUAGUGUUUCCAGAAAUAUAUUUUGUGCGGAUUUAGUUUUCAGAUUUUUUUUGUUUUUUGGUCUACGGGUGCUUUGGUGAGCCGUGUUUUAGAACCUCUAUGAUCCAAUUUUCCUGGUCAGUCUAAUGCCUGGGUCGGGACCAGCGGUGCCCACCUGGUGAAGGGGGGACCUGGGCGUCAGACCACAGGGGCUACUGACGUGCUCGGUAUGAAAAUACUUGUUAAAUAUUAACAACAGGAACUUACCAGGAUUUAGAAAAUGUUCCGAAUUUGUAAAAAUGCUCCAUUGCAGUGGGUCCCCGCAGGCACUUACACUCCGGUCCCCGGCCCGCGCCUCCUCCGGGUGGGGCUGUGCCUGCGACGCUGGGCGGGUGCCACCCGCGAAAAAAAGGCAUCAGAGGGAAGCUUCAACAUCAUCGGGACACUUUAUUCCUCAGGACGUUACAGGCUAACUCUCCCGGCGGAGCAGGUCAGUUCUGUUUCUGUGGAAAGUGUGCACCUUCGAAGUCGGGGACACUUCCUCCCUCGGACACGGGCACCGCGGCCUCCGCGGCGCAGGCCCAAGAAGCAAGUUCCUCUGGUGCAGGCGGCCGCGGGCCGCAUGGAGGGGCUGUUCUGCCCGGGCCGCCAGCACCCAGCCCGGCAUGCAUGCAUGCGCGGUGGUCGGGGACAGGCCCGCACCGGCUGCCCGCGUCCACGACGAGAACGCGGCGCCUCACGCGGACUCCUCGGCGGACAGGAGCAGCGGGUGGGUGUAUUCAAACCCUUCAAACUCCGACUGGUCGAUCCUCUUGAGGACGUCCCUGUGGGUACCGGACAGGGCAGGCUCGACGGGCCGCGCGAGACCCCGGCCCGCAGCUCGGGAUGCCCCGCCCCCGCCCCCCACGCGAGACCCGCCCACGGCCACGCCCCCGCCGCUCAGGACGCCCCGCCCGUCCGGCAGGUCUUACUCGUCGUCCGGGGUCAGCUGCACCGGCUCGCUGGUGAACUGCGUGUCGAAGUUGUCCAGGCCGUAGUCGUCCGUUAUCUGCGGCUGGAAGGGCGGCAGGGCCUGCUUCUUCCCCAGCUGCAAGAAGACACGCGGUCAGACCCACGCGCGCCGGCUCAGCGCCCGCUUGGAGUUUGCACAAACAUAAACCACGGAAUCGAACAGAAGAGACCGCCUUUAAAUAUGCCUCAUGUUUAAAGACCGAUUGUUUUUCUCUUAAAGUCCAGCAGGAAAAUUUUCCAGUCAUAAAAACCCUACUUGAGCUGAAAAAUGCUGGCAGCGCAGGCCGUGCGGGAUGUACCUGGGAUGGAGCGCAAGGUCCGGCCACCCACGCGGGAUCCCACGCCAUCUGGGGUUUGCGCCCCCCUCGGCAGCCCCACCACUUAAACCAAAGGAGGCUAGUUUGGGGAAGUUUCUUCCUUUCUUAAUCUGGGAACCCAGGUCAUAAAGGAGCUGGGACCUGGCAAGGACGCCCACACUGGAACCCCUUCUCCCAGAAAAGCCUUAAGUGGCCAUUUCUAUGGUUUUCUUUUUAUAUGUAAAUUUAUUUUUGGCUGCAUUGGGUCUUCAUUGCCUUGCAAGGGCUUUCUCUAGUUGUGGCGGGCGGGGGCUACUCCUCGUUGCAGUGCGCGGGCUUCUCAUUGCGGUGGCUUCUCUUGCUGCGGAGCACGGGCUUCAGUAGUUGCGGCACGUGGGCUCAGUGGUCAUGGCUCACGCGCUCUAGAGCUCAGGCUUAGUAGCUGUUGGCGCACGGGCUUAGUUGCUCCGCGGCUUGUGGGAUCUUCCUGGACCAGGGCUCGAACCUGUGUCCCCUGGAUUGGCAGGCGGAUUCUUAACCACUGUGCCACCAGGGAAGCCCUCUAUGUAUUUCUAAUCCCAGUGGGAUGCAAGGCAGUAAAACGCUUGUCAGGUGGGAAAUGGGGCGUCUCAGGACCCAGACUCUGCUUCCUACUCGACAUUUAGGAGGAUGAGACCUGCUCAUGCCUAGAGAGGGUGAGUCGCGCUCUGGGGCAGAGCAACUCAGCGCCACACCGCUCACAGUGAGGACGGAGGACGGCGAGGAUGGAGCGGCCCCCACGUUCACACACUCGGUGACAUAACCCACCCAGGUGUGCGCUGCGCACCUGUGCUGGGCCAGGCGCACUCCUAAGAACACAGAUCGAGUCGUAAGUGAGAGGUAAGGUCCUGCCCCGCGGGGUCUGCGCCCACCCACACCAGCCACGUGUGAGCCAGCAGCCAGCCCUGCAGCCCGGAGCCCUCAGCUCUCAAGGCCCAGAGCAGCUUGACUCAGGAAGAGGAUGCCCCAAGCCUUUCGGGACGGGCUGCCCCCUUCCCUUGGAGGGUCUGCGUGAGUGCUGAGCCUGGAAACCUCCACCUGGGUGGGGCCUCCGUGGGACCCCGUCCAAGAUGUGGAACUGUCCCAAGGCCCCGUGUGGGGAGCGAGCGACAGCUGAGUCAAAAAUAAGCCCCCAGCCCAGCUCAGCUCACACCGGCUCUUUGCACUGUGGGACCCAGAGCCAUCAGGAACUCCAGUUAUAGCAAGAGAAACAAACUGGGCCUGGAAUGCUGAAACAUGUUCCAUAAGUCUGGGGACUUGGGAAGGAUGAACGCAGGUUCUGCUGGCGAAGUUGGUGCAUGAAAUGAGGAUGCCACAGAAACAGACGAAUCCUUCCCAGUAAUGCCCAGGUGUCAGGGCUGAGGCCAGCGCACCUGCCAGAGCCCCGGCAGAGGAACGCCUGUGUCUGUCACCCAGGGGAUGCAGGAGCAGAGGGAACGGGCCGACCCGCAGGCAGAGCGGGGUCACCAGUGUUCGUGUGCGUGCGUGUGUCUGCACACCCGUGCACACACUGCAGUCACAAGGCCCCGGCAGCUGGUAGGGUUGGGCCACGCCCUGGGCACUGUUACGGGGACACAAGGCCUUCCCUUCUUCCCUGACUUCCUCUCAUGUGCAAGUUUCCGUAUUCUUCUGUAUGUAUGAAAUACAUUCUGGUAAAAAGUGAAAAAAGGGGGCAUUUCUUACACGAUUUUCCCUCCCUCAGGUCUCAGGCUGCUUUAGAAACAUUUAAACAGCAAGAGUCAGAAAGACUACGAGGCAAGCACAGCUGGGUGCUGGCCUGGGGUCCUCUGAGCCCAGCCCCACCCCUGCCCCUGCUCUGGGGGCCAAGGCUGCCUCAGUCCGUGGCAAAGCCCCCCGGAGUAUCCCAUACACAAUGUCACCUCCUCUUCCCUCAGUCAAAAGCAGUGGACGAGGGACUUCCCUGCUGGUGCUGUUGAUAAAACUCCGCCCUCCCAGUGCAGGGGGCCCAGGUUUGAUCUCUGGUCAGAGAACUAGAUCCCACACUCAUGCCGCAACUAAGAGUUCGCAUGCCACAACUAAGGACCCCACGAGCUGCAACUAAGGAUCUGGCAAGCCACAACUAAGGAGCCUACCCCCACAACUAAGACCCAUCGCAACCAAAUAAAAACAAAAACAAA